AUGUAUGUUUCUUUCUUCUCCUUAAUUUUUUGUUUUUAUGUUUCGUUUUCUAUUCUUUUCAUUACCUUAUUUACGAAAAAUUGCUUAUGCAUUGUAUUAAAAGAAAGAGAAGAAUCAUACAACAUAAUAUUAAAAAAGAAAAAAAGAACAAAACAAAACAAAACGAAAUAUUUUGUUUAUAAUUUUUUUAAAAAAAAUAAUGUUCAUCCAUAUUAUAAGAGCAUUCGAAUAUUACCCGGAAGCCCUUUCUUACCAUAUUGUGGAAAUGUAAAGGAUAAAAAAAAAAGAAAUAUAAAACUCAAGCAUAAUAAUAAUAAUAAUAAAUAUAAUAAAUAUAAUAUAUAUAAUAAAUGUAAUAUAUAUAAUUCUUAUGAUAAUCAAAAUGUCAAAACAAAAAAUGCACCACCAUAUAAUAACAUAAAAAAUCAACAUGAUCAUGUAGUAAGUGCAAGUAAUAAUCAUAUCAAUAUGAUGUCCAAUUUAUUAGAAAAAAAGAAAAAAAAAAAAAAAACUUUUUCAAAAAAAGAAAUGUUAAAUAUAAAGAAAAAAAAUGAUAAGCUCAAAUUCUUAAACACAAAACAAAAAAAAAAAUAUAUAUAUAAUAAAACAAAAGAUACACACAUGAAAUAUUUAAAAGAUAAUAAGAAAAGAAAUUCUCUUGGAGAAGAUAAACAAAAUAUACUCCUCAUAGAUAAACAAUUAAAGGAUACCGAAUAUAAAAGUAAUAUAGAACAACAAAAUCAAGAUAAUAAUCAUUCAUAUUUUGAAAAAAAAAAAAAAAAAAAAAAAAAAAAAAUUCAUAAAUUUAAAAGAAGUAAAAAACAAGAAAAUAUAUUAAACAUGUUCGAAAACAAUUUAAAUUAUUCAAUAGACAAGUUAAAUAAAAAAACUAAAAAAUAUGAAAUAUUUAAACAAAAAGAAAAUAUUAAAAGUGAUGUCCUACAAAAUGAAAUUCUAAAAAAGAUCCUUUCAAAAGAUACAAAAUCAAAAAAUAAGGAUGAUAAAAUAAAAAAUGAGAAUGAUAAAAUAAAAAAUAAGACUGAUAAAAGACAGAACAAAAUAAAAAUGCCUAUAAAUAAUAAUCAAAAUAUAUAUGAUAUAACUAAUAAUCAAAAUAUAUAUGAUAUAUCUAAUGAACAAAAUAAUAAAGAUCUUCAUAAUUGUCAUAAUGAUUAUCAACAUAUUCAUAAUAAAGAUCUUAAUAAUUGUCAUAAUGAUCAUCAACAUAUUCAUAAUAAAGAUCUUAAUAAUUGUCAUAAUGAUCAUCAACAUAUUCAUAAUAAAAAUAUUAUAACCGAACAUACAAAUGAUUUACAUAAUCAUAUAACAACAAAUGCUCAAGUUAAUAAUAAUCAACCCAUUAUCAAUAUACAACAAAUUUUUCAAGUCUCUAAAUCUGUUGAUAACUUUAGAAGACAAAUACAAAUAAAAUAUAAUAAACAAAACAAUGGAAACGAAAUAAAAAAAAGAUUACAACAAUAUGAUUGUAUAAUUGAUUUUAACGCAAAUACAAAUAUUAUCACACAAGGAGUCGCAGAAAAAGAAAAAAAAAAAAUUAACAAAAACUAUACAUUUUAUGAUGUAGGUAUAUAUGAUAACUUUAUUAACAUAUAUUUAAAAUAUAAUGAUAUUAAUUAUACUACCGAUCAUCAAUCCAAAUAUAUACCAAUAAUACUUUUUUUUUUAAAUAAUGUAAAAAAUGAUUUAUAUAAUUCUUAUAAACAAAUGAUCACAUAUCACAAUAAUAAUAUGAUAAAUCAUAACUCUAAUAUUUUGUCAAAAGAAAAUGAAAAAAAAAAACAUUUUUCAACAUAUAAUAUAUCAAAUCUUUGUUCUCCUGAUCAAAUAGUAAUAAAUAAAAAAAUCAAUCAACGACAAAGCAUAAAUGGUGAUGAACAAAAGGACACAUCAUGUCAUAUAAAAAAUGUAUAUAAUAAUAAUGAUCAUAAUUUUGUUAUUGAAAAUAACGAACUCCUCACUUCGAAUUUGUUGAUCAAGGAUAAUAAUAUUAAUUCUAAACAAAACCACGACAUGCCUAACAAAAUAAAUUUUGUUAAAGAAGAUGAUGAUCAAAAAUGUGGUGAAAAAUAUCAUAUGGAUGAUCAAAAAUGUGGUGAAAAAUAUCAUAUGGAUGAUCAAAAAUGUGGUGAAAAAUAUCAUAUGGAUGAUCAAAAAUGUGGUGAAAAGGAUCAUAUGGAUGAUCAAAAAUGUGGUAAAAAAUAUCAUAUGGAUGAUCAAAAAUGUGGUGAAAAGGAUCAUAUGGAUGAUCAAAAAUGUGGUAAAAAAUAUCAUAUGGAUGAUCAAAAAUGUGGUAAAAAAUAUCAUAUGGAUGAUCAAAAAUGUGGUGAAAAAGAUCAUAUGGAUGAUAAAGAAAAAACAUCAAAUAUAAAACAAAUUCUAUACGUAAAUAAAUAUAAUGAGAAAUUAAAAAAAUUAAUUAGAACGUUCUUCUUACAUUGUCCAACAGGUACAGGCAAAACAUUCAUAUAUUUGCUACCUGUUUUCCAAGAAAUUAGUAAUUAUAAUUUUUUCGAGUACGAACAAAAUCAAAUAGAAAAAAAGGAAUGCUAUGAUGAAAAUAAUUUAUUCUAUAAACACAAAUUGUUUUAUGCUAAUAAAAAUAUAAAUGAACAACUCACUUCCUUCCUUUGCGUAAAUAAAACAGAAGAACACGUUUUUAGAAAUUAUAAUAUUGAAAGAAUGAAACACAUAUUCAACUGUAUAAUAAAUCAAAAGAAUCAGAUUAAUCUAAAAGCAGAAAACACAACAAAUGGUUCUUUAAAAAAUAAAAAAGAAUAUUAUGCCUUUGAUGAAAAAAAAAAAUUAUAUGAUAAUCAUAAGAAUUGUUUAUAUAAUACAGAAAGAAAAAAAAACAAAAAAGAUAUUUUAUUAAUUACAUAUAAUAAAGAGCUUGCUGUUCAAAUAUAUGAAUUAUAUAAAGAUAUAAUCAAUUCUUUUUAUAAAUCAUAUAAUGCUUCAUUUUUUAAAAAUAAUAAUUCAAUCAUAUAUCCAAGCUCCAUACAAAAAGAUGGACAAAUGCUUAUAGAAAAAAUAAAUAUCAAUUAUAAAGAAAAGUUAAAUAUGAAUGUUCAUUUAUUAAUAGGUGGAAAUAAUAUUAAAUAUCAGCUUAAAAGUUUAAAAAAAAAAAAAAAUAAUAACAAUAAAAAUGUAAAUAUAAAUAUAAAUAGUAAUAUUAAUAUUAAUAGUAAUAGUAAUAAUAAUUAUUAUUAUGACAAAGAUAACCAUGCUAAUGAUAAAAUGGAUAGACACAAUAUAAAUCAUAAACAUUCAAAUGAACAACAUGGUAUACAAUCUUCAUUUUAUGAUGAAGAAAAUAUUAACAUAUAUAUUGGAACACCAGGAAGGCUACAUAAAUUAAUACAUGAGAAAAAAAUCAUCAAAUUAAAUAAUAUAUCUACAGUUAUAUUCGAUGAAUAUGAUUUUUUUUUCAACUCGAUGAAAGUAAAAAACAAUCUUAAGAACAAGGAACAUGUGGUAGAAUUAGAAAACCAAUUUUUUGCAAAACUAUUAAAAAGUAUAUAUUUAAAAAAUAAAGAAGAAAUUGUACAAAAAAAGAAAAUUAUAAAAGAUCCAAAUAAUAUACAUCAUUAUAAAAACAACAAUUCAGUUAUAAAUGUUAUCUGUUGUAGUGCUACCUCAGCAAUAUAUCCAUAUUUAACAUAUACAAAACAUAUUAUUACAACCAACUUUUUAAAUAAUUUAUAUUCAGAAUUUAUAAGUGAUAAAUAUAUAACUGAUCAAAAUUAUAAAGAAAGGAAACAAAUUCAAAAUGAGGAUAUUACAAAAAAAGAUACUUUUAUCACAAAAAAAAAAAAAGAAAUAGUAAGUGAUCAUAAUGGUAAUAAUAAUAAUGAUAAUAAUAAUAAUGAUAAUAAUAAUAAUGAUAAUAAUAAUAAUGAUAAUAAUAAUAAUGAUGAUGAUGCUAUUUAUAGUAGUAGUAGUAGUAGUAGUGGUGCCGGUUUACAUUUAAAUAAUCAAAAAAAUAACAACACUGAACAAACAAAUAAUUCAUUUAUCAAUUAUAAAAAGGAACAAAUAAUGUUAAACGAUUUGUUCAAAAUAAACAAUAUUGUAAAUAUGCCAAAAAAUUUAAUACACCUAAACUAUUGUUAUGAUAAAAAAAAUAAAGAAAGAAAUAAUAAUGCUACCAGUAAUUUCUUAAGAGUUCUCUUUUCUAACCCACUCAAUAAAAACGUUUUGGUUUUCUGUAACACUAAGAAAAAAGUGUUGGACCUAUGGAGUCUUUUCCGAAACCGCUUUGACGUUGACAUUCAGACGAUAUUUUCUCAGAAGGAUAAAGGAAAAAAGAAGAUAUUCAAGGAUAUAAAUUAUGCUAAUUUUUUUAAAAACGAUUUGAUUGAUUAUAAAAAUUUAAAAAAGUACGUCAACUUUUUAUUUAUAUCAACAAAUUUGUUAUAUAGGGGUAUCAACUGUAUGGGUUUCACGACAAUUAUAAAUUAUGACAUGCCUUUUGACACUACAGAAUAUGUACACAGAUGCGGACGAAUAGGAAGAAUAAACAACAAGGGGGCUAUAAUAAAUAUUUUUGAAAAAAAAAUGAAAAGAAAUUAUAACAAAGAAAUAUUCAAUAAGUUAAAUAUAAAAACAUAUGAUAUUGACUGUUAUAUGAAUAAUAUGUUUACCCUUAAGGAAAAAAUAAAAAGAAAAUAA